AUGGGCUACUACGGUUUUCAUGAUUAUGCCACCGCAUUAUGGUGGAAACAUGUGCAACAGGUUUUGACCGCCUCUGAAUUGGACACUGAACUAGCCCGGAAGGUGUUACAGACUGCUCAGGUUUAUCUGACAGGGAUUGAAGAGAUUGGAGAAUCUGAAGCUUUUGAUGCUUCUUUAGAAGCUAUCCAGUCUCUGAAAAGCAAACUUUAA